UUUGUCUAUAUAAAUAAGAGUCCUAAUGGCAAGUGAAGAACGCUCUCAUUCUAGCCACUAGAGACACUGGAUGAUGGCUCCUUACUUCUCUGUGGUUCUGUGCUUCUACAUGCUAGUCUUUUGUCUAGCAUUACCCAAAACAAGAACUAUUCGCUGGUGUCUGACCUCAGGAAGUGAAUACAAAAAGUGUAAGGAUUUGGCAAGAUCUUGUAGGACAGCAGACAUUCCCCUCAUCUGUGUAAAGAGAUCUAGUCUCGAAGACUGUUUUAUUGCCAUUAAUGGUGGAGAUGCAGACGCCACUUCUGUGGAGAGUGGAGAUGUCUACAAAGCAUCCUUGCACCCGUACAACUUGAAGCCAAUCCUGGCAGAAAGCUACAGCCCUCAAAAAGAAACUUGCUACUAUGUAGUGGCCGUAGUGAAACAAUCAAGCACUUUCAAGUUCAGUGAUCUGAAGAACAAGAGAUCUUGUCACACUGGAAUAGGACACAUGGCCGGCUGGUACUCACCACUGAGGGUUCUUCAUGAGAAGAAGCUAUUGAACUGGACGAUUGAUGAAACAGAACGGGCGGUCUCAAAGUUCUUCUCAGCAAGCUGUGUCCCAGGAGCUACUGAGUCCAACCUCUGUAAGCAAUGUACAGGACGGGGAAGCAAAAAAUGCACGCUCAGCAAAGAUGAACCAUACUACAGCUCUGAGGGAGCAUUCAAAUGUUUGAGAGAUAACAAGGGGGACGUAGCUUUCGUGUCACACACAUCUGUACCAGCUGAACUCGGUAAGAACUUUCAAUUACUCUGCCCUGACAAUACCAGAAAAUCAAUCUACCAAUACAAACAGUGCAAUCUGGCACGAGUUCCAGUCAAUGCUGUGGUGACCAGGAAUACUGGAGACAAGACUAUGGAUAUUGUGGCCUUUUUCCAAAGCGCUCAGAAAAAAGAGUGCAAACUAUCAGGCUCUAAGCACGGGAAGAAUCUGCUAUUGAUGAACUCAGCAGCCACUCUUCUUCCUUUACCAUCUUCAAUGGAUGCCUUCUUGUAUCUGGGAGCAAGUCACUUCAGUUCUAUCCGAGCAACGCAUGUGUUAAAUUCUCCUUCCAAGGAGACUGUGCGAUGGUGCACACAGAGCAAACAGGAGAAGACAAAGUGUGACCAGUGGACACCUGCAAGCGGUGGAGCCAUUGAAUGCACUCAGGCAUCUUCUGCAGAAGAAUGCGUUCUACAAGUCUUGAAAGGUGAAGCUGAUGCAGUGACACUAGAUGGCGGGUACUUGUACACAGCAGGGCAAUGCGGUCUAGUUCCUGUAAUGGGAGAGUACUAUAACCAAGAUGAUUUGAAACCAUGCAGAACAAGUGGAUCAAAAACACAAGGAACAUAUUAUGCUGUUGCUGUUGUGAAGAAGAGUAACAAAGACAUCUCAUGGAAUAAUCUUAAAGGCAAGAUGUCGUGCCAUACAGCUGUAGGACGCACUGCUGGCUGGAAUAUUCCAGUGGGUCUUAUUAAUAAGAAGAACAAUAAUUGUGAUAUUGGUUCCUACUUCAGUAAAAGUUGUGCUCCUGGCUCGGACAUUGAUUCCACCUUCUGUCAGCUAUGUAUGGGUGACCCCCAAAAACCUCUCACAGAUUCUAAGUGUUCUCCUAGUGAUGCUGAAGCUUAUUAUGGAUACUCCGGAGCCUUCAGGUGUCUUGUUGAAAGAGGAGAUGUAGCUUUUGUAAAGCACACAACUGUAUUUGAGAACACAGAUGGUAAAAGUUCUACAGAAUGGGCAAAGAAACUGAAGUCAAGUGAUUUUGAGUUGUUAUGCCUUGAUGGCUCUCGUGCAUCUGUCAGUGACUACAAAACCUGCAACCUGGCAGAAGUACCGGCCCAUGCUGUCGUCACCCGAUCAGAGAAGAGGAUUAGUGUGCAGAAGAUGCUUAGCAAACAGCAGUCUCUGUUCGGACGCGAUGGAAUCCAGAGACAGAAAUUUCAGUUAUUUGGCUCUACUGAAGGCAAAGAUCUUCUUUUCAAGGACUCUACCCAAUGUUUGCUUGAGAUUGACCAAAAAAUGACUAUGGAGGAUUUCCUAGGAAAAGCCUACUACUCAGCAGUGUCUACACUUAACAAAUGCUCCACAACAUCAGAACUGCUGUCCGCCUGCAUCUUCCACAGCUGUUAGGCCGGUCUGGAAGUGAAGAAUUACCCACUGCUGGCCACUGGUCCUUCAUUUCCUGAUCCAGUCUUCAUCCGUCUACUAAAACAGACCCAUUUCUUCAAUAAAUGUUAUAGACGUGACUAUAUUUGCCUCCAUUAUUCACACUGUCAAUACCUUUUCACAGCUACCACAGCUGCCUCUUGCUGUCUUUAAAGCAAGGCUUCUGCUUGGUGAUUUUUUUUUUUCCACGGAUUUCUUGCACCAUUAUAUACAUAGAACCAGCGUAUUUGUAAGCCAAAGCCGGGAGAGAAAAAGUAAUAUAUAAAGAUUUGUGCCACUUUUGUGCUCUGGACCCACUCCUGGUUUUAGCUUACAAAUACUGAUUAGAUACUGGCCAUCAGAAAGAGGCCUUAGGCUACGUUCAGGCCCCUUGCAG